CCACUCUCCCACAUGCACCUCUCUCCAAUCUCUUGCCUAUUUAUGCCGCCCUUUGAACAUUCCCCCUCACAACUCCACUUAGAACCAUUUUCGUUUUCUUUUCUGAAACACCUCUUUUGACAUACAACAAAAGGCUCAUUAAGAGACUAGUUGAAAGAUAGAAUUAUGGCCAUGGAAGUGGCUAUGGAGUUUGAGCUUGAUGAUGAUGUUUUUUUUGCAGACAUAAGCAAGCAAAUCAAUCUCUUAAUCACAGAUGAAGAUGAACAAAUCCCUAUCUCACUUUCCUCUUCUGUCUCUUUCCAGGGUUUGUUCAGAGAAAACUACCAAACAUCAGCAACACCAUACAUGAUGUACCAUGAGCAGAAUUACAACCUAAUUAGAGAGAGCAAAGGGACAGGAGUAUUCAUCCCAAGAUGUUCUCAGCCAAGAAGGAGACAACAUAAUCAUCAUCCACAUCAGAAGAAGCAAGGGAGAUUCGAUUCCCUCAUCCCCAAGCAACAGUUUCCUCAUCAUGUUUAUGACAACAACAACUCCACAAUUCUCAACAACAACCAAGAAAGCAUCACCCUUCAUCAUACAGCUUCCACUAACCCAAGAAGAACCUACAGAGAUGCAGCAUCUCUCUUCACUUAGUCUCAUCCAAGAUUCAUCAAAGACAUGUAUUUGUGUCAUAAUUCAUAUUAUAUAUAAUUGAUUAUUUAUAUUUUAGUUUUUAUGUUUGUAAAAUCAGCAACUAAUAAGAAUGAAGGAGGAACCAUCAAUCUAAAGGGAUUUGGUGUGAUUUAUGCAACUAUAUACAAAGAAUAAUUCAGUCACUCUUACCAAUACCACUUUGUCUAUUAAGUGAAAAAUAAACACCCCAUGAAACAAGUCCUCAAUGAUCAUCGA